UAUUUUGGAGAGAAGAAUAGAGUACAUGAUUAUUGAUCCCGGGCGUUUUAUUCUUGACAAAUCAGAAGUGGGAUUAUUCACGUGCCGUACAAGUUCUACAAGUGAGUGAGUCAAAAUGGGGAAAACGAAAAGGCGUAGUUCUUCUAGUUCAUCCUCUAGCUCUCAGUCCAGUUCAAGUUCUUCGACGGACGAUGGAAGGAGACAUCGUAGGCGAGUAAAACGUUUACGAAAAGAACUCAAAUUCAAAAACAAGUUUUUAGAGAAGCAACCUAAAAAGAAGAAAGAGAGGUUUGACAAGACUAGGAUACAAGCUAAAAAGUAUCUAGUGGAUGAUGUCGUCAUGGUGUUGAAGACGGAUGCACCGUGUACUGGUGCCAGCAGAAAACUGGUGCCGAAAUAUAAGGGACCUUUUAAAGUGACGAAGGUUCUCUAUAACGAUCGAUACGAGGUGGUUGACCUGAGAGAAAACUACAAGAGAUAUAAGACUGUAGUUGCUGCAGAUAAGAUGAAACCAUGGAUCUUACUACGUGGUAGGUAUAAAAUGUUAUAUUGCUUAAAGAGGGUCCAAAUAUUAAAAUUUUUUGGCCUGCUUUAAUAUCUGUUGGAAC